ACUUAUUACUACAUUCCUUACCUGGAACAUCUACAGCCUUUCAUUCAUUCAUUGGAAUAUUUCCAGUCUUUUCUACAGAUUCAACUAGUCCUCGUGCGAAUUUGUUCAACAUCGCCUUUCAGAUUGCUUGUUUCCGACCUUUUCCAUUAGAACGUUGUCAAUUUCCACUUUCUGUUCUUCAUUUGUUGUGAUUUUCCUCGUGCAUGGUAUCAACGCUUUUACCUUAGAGUAUAUAUAAACACACACAUCCUAUCGAUAUGCAUAGUCGUUUAAUAACGACCGGGUUGGCUCUCUUGGCUGCUGCCAACGCUCAGUACUCAUCUUAUGGAUGUUUCAAGGCCUCACUGGUGUCCCUCACAUAUCAGGACAAUUACCAAUUCCAAUCCUCUGGACAUUGUCAACUGGCUUGUGCUGGUAAAGGUGUUGUUGGACUUAUGGGGGGUAAUAAGUGUUACUGUGGUGACACAGUUCCUAAUUCCAGUGAUCAAGUGGAUAGUAGCAACUGUAACACCGAGUGUCAAGGUUGGCCGUACGAAUUCUGUGGAGGUUCAAACUAUUAUAUCCUUUAUGUCGACAGCUCUGCCAAUGUCAAGACUGAAGGAGGUGAUUCAUCUUCAUCUACUGCACCUACAACCACCAAGACAUCUUCUACUCCAACCACAACCACGUCGUCCUCAUCUACUUCGACCCCUACUAUUACUUCCUCUUCACCAUCUACAUCUAGCACUGCCACUGAAACUGAGACCGAUGCUUCAAAAACAAACAAUGAUAGCACCUCCUCAUCAUCAUCAACAUCAACAUCUUCUUCUUCUUCUUCUUCCUCAUCAUCAUCCCUGGAAAGUUCUGGGUCUCAAAGAGUUGAAGUCUUGACUGUCACAAGUACUCCUUCAGGGACAAUGUCAGCAUCCAUUAUAUCCGUCACCACUACCAAAUCAGGUGAUUCGAAUUCCUCCUCAACAGGAUCUGCAAGCACUAAUAAUAAUAACAAUUCUAAUAAUAAUAAUAAUAAAUCUUCUAGUGGCUCCAAGAAACUUUCAGGUGGGGCCAUUGCAGGAAUUGUUAUCGGAUCAAUUGUUGGAGUACUUGCAAUUAUUGGUCUAUUUCUCUUUUUCUGCUGGUACCGUAAGCGGGAUGAAGAUGACAACGAUGACGAGUUCACGUUGUCUGGACCUGCAAAUGAAGAGAAACACCCAUACAACAUCAAUAACAAUCCAUUUGUUACUGCUGCUGCUGCAGUCGGUGCGGGAGGUGCUGGAGCUGGAGCUGCUGCUGGCCGUGCGGGAGGUACCGCAUAUUCAGGUGGUACAUUUACACGGGGUGAAAAUUCACACCAUCUGGAUUCAUUCAGUUCACUGCAUGACAACGAUGAUUUGUUAUUUGUAGAACCUGCGCAUGAUAUCACCGGAGAGGGCAAUAAAUAUUCCUCUGAUUUCGGUGGUAGACGAAGAUUGAGUAAUGGGUCUCUUCCUGAUAUGGUAACGAGGAACCCCGGGUCAUUAAAGGUUGUAAAUAAUUGAUUGUCAUUUAAAUAUAUAAUGUAUAUAU